GAGGUGGAGGAGGUGGAGGGGGUGGAGGAGCACUCGGGACCGGACGGCAGUGAGCAGAGACGGUGAGGAGCUCUCCUCUCCGGUGGAUAUAACGGAUUAACCUUAUCAUCACAUGUUAUCGAUCUCAUGUUAUCGAUCACAUGUUAUUGAUCACACGUGAUUAUUAGACCGACUGUCCCAAGACUUCACGACCGGGGGAAACAACCGAACUACCGGAAUAUCUCCGUUAUCCGCUGACUGCGAGCACCAGGCCCAUGAGGAUGGAGGGCUGGUUACUGGCGGCGACGUUGCUGAUGGGCGUGGUCCUGGCGGCCGCACGGCCCGCGGAGGACGCACCCCACGCCGUCAGGUUCAGGCACAAGGACGGGACCUCUGCUGCACUCAGGAUUAACAGUCCCCAGGGUUACGGCGGGCCGUGUGAGCAGCAGUCGUGCGGGCUAGGUCGGCACUGCGUGGCCCCCCCGGGGGGCGGGCCCGCGACCUGCGGCUGUCUGGAGCGCUGCCGGCCGCACUACAAGCCCGUCUGCGGCUCCGAUGGGACGCUGUACCGGAACCACUGCGAGCUGCACCGGGCGGCCUGUCUCACCCACGCCCACAUCACCAUCACACACAGCCAGGACUGCUUCUACAAGGAUGAUGACUGCCGGCUGGGCGACUACCGCAGGAUGAAGACCAAAGUCCUGGAGCUCCACGAGCGACGGUCCCUGGGGUCCCAGCCCGCCGGCGCCCACACAGACAACAUGGCGGCCAGGCGGCAGCUGGUCGACGCCAUGUUCCGACGCUUCGACAGCGACAGCAACGGGCAGGUGGAGAGCAGGGAGAUCUCCCAGGUCAUCCGACAGGAGGGCCUCUCCAGGCUCACCUCCACCUGCUCGCUCUACGACCUCCUGAAGUACGACGACCCAGACGGCGACGCCCACCUCACCCUGCAGGAGGUGUACUCCGCCUUCGACGUGUACCAGCUGACCCUCCCGAAGGACCAGGAAGUGAGCGUCACCGUGGUAACGGCGGGUCAGAGCACCGUGCUGACGUGUGCCGUGUCGGGGGAGGGGCGACCACCCAUCAUGUGGACCCGCCACGGACAGCUGCUCAACGAGCUGAACCUGGAGGACAUCAGCGACUUUGGGGACGAUGGCUCCCUGUACAUCACCAAGGUGACCAGCAGCCACCUGGGGAACUACAGCUGUCACGCAGAUGGGUUCCCCCAACUCUCCCAGACCCACACACUGCUGGUUCAGGUGCCCCCAGUGCUCCGGGUGUACCCUGAGAGCCAGGCGCGGGAGCCCGGCGUGACGGCCAGCCUGCGGUGCCACGCCGAGGGCAUCCCCCCGCCCACGCUGGCCUGGCUGAAGAACGGCCUGGACAUCACCCCCAAGCUCAGCAAGCAGCUCACCCUGCAGGCCAACGGGAGCGAAGUGCACGUGAGCAACGUGCACUUUGAGGACACGGGCGCGUACACGUGCAUCGCCAAGAACGCGGCCGGUGUGGACGAAGACAUCUCCUCGCUCUUCGUGGAGGACUCGAACCGUAAGACCCUCGCCAACAUCCUGUGGCGGGAUGACGGUCUGGGCAUCGGGAACAUGUUCUACGUGUUCUACGAAGACGGCAUCAAGGUGAUCCAGCCGGUGGCCUGCGAGAUCCAGAGGCACAUCAAGCCCAGCGAGAAGCUGCUGGGGCUGCAGGAGGAGGUGUGUCCCGGCUUCACAGCAGGGGUCCAGAGAUGUGAUUGGUCAUCGGCGGUCAACGUCAACGAUCAGCUGAUCUACGCUGCGCAGCCCGGCUUGCAUCGCCUGCUGCUGCUGGACGUCAAAUCACAGAAAGCCGUUCAGACGGUCCGGACCGACCCCUUCCCAGCGACGCUCCAGUACGACCCGGACCACGACCAGGUCUGGAUUCUCAGCUGGGGCGACCUGGACAAGAGGAGUCCCACUCUGCAGGUCAUCUCCCAGGCCAGCAGCCGGGCCCCCCACCACACGGUCCACGCCCGGCCGGUGGGCCGCCGCUUCGACAGGGUGGCCAGCUUCUACAUCCCCCCGCCCAGCCUCAUCGUUAGCCACAACAGGUUCGGCGUGGUGCUGCACCGUGACGAGGCGGCGCUCCACAAGAUGGACCUGGCCACGCUGUCGUAUGUGAAGAACGUGAGCCUUGCGGCGUGGGGCUGCGUGCCGCUCGCCGUGGCCUCCACCCCUCUGGGCGGCUACUACGUCAUCCAGUGCCGGCCCGGCUCCGCCGGCGCCACCCAGCCCCAGCUGCUGCUCGACUCCGUCACCGACGCCGUGAUCGGCCGCAACGCCGACGUCACGGGCACGCCGUACAUGUCGCCGGACGGCCGCUACCUGGUCACCGUGGACGACGGCGACGGCCUCAUGAGGAUCCAGACGGUGUCGGACGCCGGCGCCAUCGGCCCGCCCUUCGACAUCCACACCAACCUGCACCUGGCCGACCUGGCCUUCCAGCGCUCCUGCACCCAGCGCGGCCAGUACAACGUGGUGGGCGCCUCGGGCCGGCAGACCGACGCCCUGCUGGUGGAGCUCAGCUCCGGGGAGGUCAAGAUGAUCAAGAGCCUGAAGGAGCCGCUGAGGGCGGAGGAGUGGAGGUGGAGCUCCAGGAACCGGCAGGUGGUGGGCAGCGGGCUGUUCGGACAGUACCUCCUCAGCCCCUCCCGGGAGUCCCUGUUCGUCCUGGACGGGCACCUCAACAAGCUCAACUGUGAGAUCACCGAGGUUGUGGGGGCGGGGGCCGUGGUGUGGGUGGGCCAGUCCUAGACCCGUCCAGACCCCGUCCCUGACCCCGUCCUAGACCCGGUCCUGACCCGGUCCUGACCCGGUCCUAGACCCGGUCCUGACCCGGUCCUAGACCCCGUCCUGUCCCAGUCCUAGGCCCGGACCUGGCCCUGACCCGGUCCUGACCCGGUCCUAGACCCGGUCCUGACCCGGUCCUAGACCCUGUCCUAGACCCCGUCCUGACCCCGUCCUGACCCCUGCUGCGCUGGACUUCUGACGGGCGCCAUUGUCAAGAUGUUUUUAACAAAAUUGAUUGUUCAUUAAGGGUUUCAUGUGCUCCUCAUUAAUUAGGCUCUACAUGUGCACCAGGUAGACCCCCAGAGUCCUGGGACCCUCCUGCCACCAUCUCCCUGAUAGGCUAAAACACAUGCUCUUUAUUGGUGUCAUAUGUAAGAACGUCCCUGAUUGGCUGAAUAUUUACCAUGUCUCUGACCGUUCUAUAUGAGUCAGAGUAAUGAUCCUCUGAAGGGCUGUCUAUCAUAGCUCCUGCUCUCCCCUCUCCUCUCCCCCUCCUCUCUUCUCCUCCUCCCCUCUCCUCCUCCCCUCUCCUCUCCCUGUCUCCUCUCUCCUCCUCUGCUCUAAUGAGGGAGGUCUGUCUUUUUGAAGUCUCCAUGUUGAGACUGCUUACUUUGAUGUGCAGCCGGAGUUAGGAGAGUGUCUCUCUGAGUGUCCAGUCAGUGCAGCAGGGCGUCAGAUCAGCACCUCAGCAUCAUUAGGAGGUUUAAACAGAAUAAAACCAACGUUCUAGGGCUUGUUCUAGGAUCUAGGAAUCCUUCUAGGGCUCGUUCAUUUUACAUUUUACAUGUUCCAUUACUGGUAUCUUUGGGUCACUAGUGUAGAUGUGGGUUGGGGGGGGGGGGGUAUCUUUG